GUAACUUGUGCGCACACUUGACGCUCUCCAGAGCGACCCACACAUUACAGUCAACAUACUGCGCGUCUCUUCCUUCCAUUGGCUUUGGGCUCGAGAUGGAUUUGACGUACCAGAGCAGCAGAGGCUAAAGCGGAUAGCCAAACAAGAAGCGCAAUAUUUUUACUACGCCUCAAAGCAAUCAUGCACAAAACGGAAACUGAUCGCCGCGGGGGUGUCGAUAUCGAGGAGUAAUAUUUUCUCAUUCAUCCAGUAUCAGUUGUCGAUGAACUUAUAGCGACUGACUAUUAGGCGCUGUAAAGGGAAACAAUAAUAAUCAAACGCCACUGAAGGAAGACAAACACAUAAGGAAAGCGUCUGUUCUCCCCUUUUCAUCCAUGCAUGUCUCAACAUUAGAGGUUUAAACACCAUGUCCUGCUCUGGCAACCUCAUUUGGGAUGUACAAAAACGCACCAUUGGAUGCACAGAUCCAUAUGCGGUCAGGACAAAUUAUUUAGGCAGAAGAGAGUUUGUGCAACGACUGAAACUCGAAGCUGUUCUCAAAGUGCACGAUGGAUGCGUUAACACCAUAUCCUGGAAUGAGACAGGAGAAUACAUCUUAUCAGGUUCCGAUGACACUAACUUGGUUAUCACAAACCCUUACAACAGAAAGGUCAAAAUGACCAUUCGUUCAGGACACCGGGCCAACAUCUUCAGCGCAAAGUUCAUGCCCCACACUAAUGAUCAACAGAUUGUGUCCUGCUCAGGAGAUGGCAUCAUUUUCUACACACACACAGAGAAGAGCCAAGAAAUCAACAGGCAGUGCCAGUUCACCUGCCACUAUGGCACUGCUUAUGAGAUAAUGACGGUGCCAAAUGACCCAUAUACCUUCUUGUCCUGUGGAGAAGACGGUACAGUGAGGUGGUUUGACUUGCGGAUGAAGACGAGCUGCACAAAAGAGGACUGUAAAGAUGACAUUUUGAUUAAUUGCCGGAGAGCCGCUACCUCAAUAUCCAUUUGCCCCCUGGUCCCCUACUAUCUUGCUGUGGGCUGUUCAGAUAGCUCAGUGAGGAUCUAUGACAGAAGAAUGCUGGGAACAAGAGCUACGGGUAACUACAUGGGCAGAGGGACGACUGGCAUGUGUGUACGUUUUGUCCCAGCCCACCUGUCCACCAAAUCCUGCCGCGUCACCUCUCUGUGUUACAGUGAAGAUGGACAAGAAGUGCUGGUCAGUUACUCCUCUGACUACAUCUACCUGUUUGACCCCAGAGAUGACCAGGCCAGGGAGCUCAAGGGCCCUUCUGAAGAGCGGCGAGAUGAGCUGAGGCAGCCCCCGGUCAAGCGCUUGCGUCUGAGAGGUGACUGGUCGGACACAGGACCGCGCGCUCGGCCUGAGAGCGAGAGGGAGCGUGACGGAGAACAGAGUCCAAAUGUAUCGCUCAUGCAGAGGAUGUCAGACAUGUUGUCACGCUGGUUUGAAGAGGCCAGUGAGGCCCAGAGCAGCAGAGCACGCCCUCAAACUCGACCCAGAGGUACGGCCGCUCGACCAGAGGGAACAUCUGCAACCUCAGAAACACACACUCAGGCACAGGAGCCCACUGAGGUCUCAACUGAAGGUGCGAUGGAGGUGGAGACACCCUCCUCUGAUCCUCCACCUACACCUGCUGCUCCUCCUGCACCUACAGAGCCUCUCCCCAAGUCUAUCUCCUCCUCCUCAGGCUCCUCGUCCACUGUGACAGCUCCUGCCCCCUCCAGCUCGUCCUCCAUGGAGAGCGUUGCUUCCUCCUCUCUCCUCUCAUCUCCAGACACAGAGCAGAAGAGCCAGGAUGAAGUUACGCCCACUCCCUCGGCCACACCCACUCCUUCAGCCACACCCACCCCAUCUAGAGAGGCAGCUUUAUCUGAUUCUCCCUCAUCUGUGGUAAACAAACAGCUUGGAUCCAUGACUCUGGAUGAGGAGCAGGGAGGUGCAGAAGCAGCAGGACAUGUAAUCAGUGAUCAGAGUACAGGAGUCAGUGAAGCUUCCCCAGACACUACAGAAACUGUGCCAUCCACAUCAGCGCCUUCACUUGGCACCAGCCCCAGCAACAGCCGCGGGAGCAGCAGCAAUCCUCCAGGACCUGGGCGGACUGGCACAGCAGAACCCAUCCUUAGUCUGCACUACAGCACUGAAGGCACCACCACUAGCACCAUCAAACUGGACUUCACAGAUGAGUGGAGCAGUCCAACGUCCAGUGCCAAAGGCAGCAGUGGAGGACAUAAGCCUGGGGAGGUGGGUGAGAGCCAGACCAGAGAGGAGGAGCCCACAGGUCAAACCUCGGAGCAAAGUUCGAGCUCAUCCUCAGAGAGUCAACCCACACCCAUUGGGGGCAAAAUUGCAGACGGUGGCACGGAAAAGGCCUCCAUCAGCUCUCAAAACAGCACGCCACCGGCGGCACCACCAGAGGGGCUGCCAACCGAAGACACGGCUCGUCCCAGCGCUCCAUCAGAGGAGCUCCAGGCUGCUGGUUCGGCGGAGCUGAGCGAGCAGUGCAGGAGGAGCGAGACCGCUGGAACGGGCGGCCAGGGUUCGACUCAACCAUCCCGCAAUCAGGACUCAGAUGACAGUGACGACGACCCCAUCCUUAUCCCUUCAGCCAGGUACAGAGGAGGGCAGGGACAGAGAUUUAAUUACAGAGGAUCAGCUGUAGGUGAUAGGAUGAUAAGACGCUCCGCCGCGGCUCGGAUCCAGGAGCUGUUCCGCAGGAGAAAAGAGCGGAGAGAGAUGGAAGAGAGUGAGACUCAGAAUAUCAGGAGACCCUCUGUCAAGAUGAUGUACAAGGGGCACCGCAACUCCAGGACCAUGAUUAAAGAGUCGUGUUUCUGGGGGAAUAACUUUGUGAUGAGCGGCUCGGAUUGUGGCCAUAUCUUCAUCUGGGACAGACACACGGGAGAGCACCUGAUGCUGCUGGAGGCCGACAACCAUGUGGUCAACUGCCUACAGCCUCACCCUUAUGACCCCAUUCUUGCUUCAUCUGGAAUUGACUAUGACAUCAAGCUGUGGUCGCCUUUAGAACAGUCACCGUCAUUUAACAGAGUCCUUGCUGAAGAGGUGAUUGCUCGUAAUGAGUUAAUGCUGGAAGAGACGAGGAACACCAUCACCGUCCCUGCUUCCUUCAUGCUCCGAAUGCUGGCAUCAUUAAAUCACAUCAGAACAGACCGUGUGGAGGGUGAUCCUUCGGAAGGCUCUGGACAAGAGAACGAGGAUGAACAACAGUAGCCCUUCUGCUACAAAUGAAUGGUUUUUUGCUACAGUGCACUUGAGCAUUUGAGAUUUGUACAAGUUACAAAAUAGAGUAUUUCCUUGUUAGUUCAGUUUUUGGCAUUAUUUUUGUAAUGAGACUUUUCGUACUAAUUACUCUAUAUGAGAGUAAACUGCAUCUGGGGAGUUCAUGCAAACAAGAUGAUACGUAAGAAAUUGAAAGAUGUGACUAAACGGCUGGCGCUUGAGAGUAUUUAAGUGCAAUAUUAAUUUGUUAAACGGUUGAGCUUGGAACGGUGUUAAGUGUGAAACUUUAUUGUAGCCUCAAAUUAAGAACUCUGAUGUUUGUAUACCAGGAAUUAUGCAUGUCAAACAUGAGUUUGCAGAAAACAUGUUCUCUUAGUCUUUACCAGUGUUGGCUCUUUUUUUGUCAUUACUAAAUCUUUUGCAUUGCACAGGGAUCUUCUGCCUAACCCCAGUUACAGGUACUACUUGCAAUAUUUCAUUAUCCAAACCAGCCAUUAUACAUUGUUACACUGCAGAAUGUUUGUAAAAGUUUAUUAAAAUGAGAACCGUU